AUGACAAAACGUGUGUACUUCGUCGCCCACGGUGGAAUGGUCCAGGGUGUCGGGUUCAGAUACUUUACCCGAAAGCAAGCCACUGCGCACGGGAUAACUGGCUGGGUCGAGGGCGAGGCUCAGGGUAACGAGGACGUCCUCCAGACCUUCCUGAAGGACGUGGACAGUGGCCCGGCAGGUGCCAAGGUUGUCAAGCUCGAGAAGGAAGAUCGAGAUGUCGUAGAGGGUGAGACUGGCUUCGAGGUUCGGCACUAG